CUUUCUCUCUCCAUCUCUGAUUAGAUAGAUAUACUGAUUCCUCAUUCAAUGGACGUCAUUUAGUACAGACUCUGCCUUGAGUUGCUUCCUCGCUUCACGCUCGAUUUCCGACCAUUCUUCCCUUAUUAAGAAUUCGUGUAAUAUUAAUAGUCAUGAAUAUCUGCUAUUAGGAGUCCAAGGAAAGAAGCAGCUCUUUGCUAAUAUGAGCUCAGUCGAGGGAACAGCACAGUGAUAGAGCCAGAAGACGGAACAGGGAUACAAGAAACUUUAAACAUAAAUCCGCAAGACCAAACAUUGCAUUUUAGAAUCGAAUGAAGGGCAGUGGGAAUUUAACCAAAUUCUGAUGGAUUAUCGUUCUUCGGUGGUGCUUAUCUGAACGUUGGGCUCCGUGAUCUUUCAAUAGUGUUGUUGCUGGCAUUAUUUUGUUUGCUCGUAAAUUUUCGUUGUUUUAUCAACGUUUUUCUUCUGAAAAUUCUCUUUUGAAUCGCUUGAAAAUCUUCGCAGAUGUUAGUGCACAGCUUUUCCGCGAUGGUAAGUUGGACUCUGUGGCAAAGACUGAGUUAUAACCUACUUCGUGCAGCAUUCAGACUCCGAUUAUUGCCUUUUUUAAUCAAAUCGUUUUGCUAAGCUAUCAUACAAAAAAUAAAAAGAAUACAAGAUUGCUCUCACAUUUUAUUUCAGUAGGCCUAUCGAAAUAUUUCAACUGUAUUCAUUUUUCCUCCCGAAAAUGAUCAAAUAGGCCUACGGCGGGUGUGUUAUUAGCCUACAGUAAUUAUCACUGUUAUCAUUGUUAGCAUUAUUAUUAUUAUUAUUAUUAUUAUUAUUAUUAUUAUUAUUAUUAUUAUUAUUAGGCUAUUAUUGCUGCGUUCAACAGAGAACUGCUGUUGAUUUUAUUUCAACCAACGACUUUGAAUAGACAUGCAAUUAUGGUAGGUGACAGUCCAUAAAAGCCCCUGUGAAAACGGGUAAAAUGGAGGGUUGGUGUAUAGGUUUAAUUUCUCCGAUUCUUUUUUCCUGCAGGAUCGUCACGAUACCAGCAAUGGGACAGCCAGGCUACCUCAGCUGGGAGGCGUGGGCCAGUCUCCAUAUAGCGCCCCUCCACUCUCCCAUACCCCAAACUCCGACUUCCAGCCACCGUACUUUCCUCCGCCCUACCAGCCAAUCUACCCCCAGUCCCAGGACCCAUACUCGCACGUCAACGACCCCUACUCCCUCAACUCUCUGCACGCUCAGCCUCAGCCACAGCACCCUGGCUGGCCGGGCCAGAGGCAAAGUCAGGAGAGCAGUUUGCUGCACCAGCACCGCGGCUUGCCCCAUCAGCUCUGUAGGGAGUACCGGAGAGAAGUGCUCCUGCCGUCGGGCCACGGAAUCGAUACGGGACUCUCAGAUUCUAUCCCAAUCCAUGGAAUACCUCACUCUUUAGAAGAUGUUCAGGUAAUUCAGCAUUAUUUGGUAAUUAUAUUAUUAUUACUAUUACAUUUUUACUAUUACAUUAUUGUUGUUGUUGUUAUUAUAAUAAUAAUUGUUGUUGUUAUUAUUUUCUUAUUAUUGUUUUGAAAUUAUUAUUAGGCCUACACACGUAGCCUUCUAUAGCCUAAGUGUUUGCUGCAGUAAAUUAGCAGCUCUGUAUGAAAUGUCAUGGCCUACAUUUAAUGACUCAGUGCAUGGCAUGCAAUUUUAUAAAUGCAGAAAUGAUCAAAGAUUAUGGCCAUAACCAUUGCAUUUAAUUGACAGAGGCCUUUUUAUGUAAAUGUUCCAACAUACAUUUUAUUUUACAAACGGCUCUCGAGUGAAACAUUGUAUAAAAGCCUAUUUGCAUGGAUUAUUCAGUCUAGAUUCUCGAGCUGUGUUGAAACUUUAUUAGCCGUAUUAUUUUGUUGACCCCCUCCCUCCACUGAAAAGAUGCAUAGUGUUAUAAACACUUGCCCUAAACAAACAGAUCAAAGCUGAAGCUCUGAGAACUAUAAUUUGAUCUGCAACCCCUCUCACAAAAUGGAUGGUAUGCCGCGCUUGUUGAUUAAUAUUCCCUGUCAUUUUUGGACAUGAUUCUGGAUAUCCUCCCUUCAUCUUUAAUUUAAUUGUUCUCAUUGAAAAGACUCAAGCGCCGAUAUGAGCGGGAGGCUGAGAGCAAUAAUAAAAUGUCCACUCGGGAGUUUUGCACAUGCAGGCACACUAUGAGCACCAUUUUUUUUAGAUGAAUUUCCAUCGCUCAGCAGAUAAUACGAAUAAAUCGAAUAAGUAAAUGCCUAUAGCAAUGACGCGUUUUGGUUUUUUUCUAAAACAAAUGCUUAAUCCCCAAUUAGCGUGCACGAUGUGUAAUACACCUUUAUUCCGAAUACAAUUUGGAUUCAUAGUUCUUCGUAAGAAUCCAAGCUGCGGUUGGAAUGAGGUCACGAUUAUUGGGCGACAGAGCUUCAUUAUUUAAGUCUGAUGUGCAUGAGGCGCACUGCCUAACAGCUAUAGCCAAUAUCACCCUCAUUGAAAAUAAUAACAGGUAUAGGCCCAUAAUAUUUUUUGAUUGUGGGCUACAUGCCAGUCUUUUGCAAACAGCAUGACAUGUAAAAUUAAUUCCAUUGUAUUCUAUAUUAAAUAGUGUAUUUUGCAUCUGUGUGUUGCAGCAUGUUGAGGAUCAAGGAAUUCACAUCCCAGACCAGACUGUAAUUAAAAAAGGUAAGCAAUUUCCUUCGAGAUACCAUGCAUGUUUCCACAAGCUGCACAUCACACCACACCACCACUCUGCUCCGCAGCUCGUGCGGUAGCCAGCGCACUGAACCAAGUGGAUUAAUGCGCAGUGUUUUUUAUUACGUGAGCUCGAGUGCAUCAAACUAACUGAAUGCACCUUUUCAUCAAUGAAUGCCAAUGUCAGCAUUUCAGAGUAGGCCUAGUCAGAUGCGAAUAUGCCCUAUAUAGGCUAUGCUGUUCAGGCUAUUGGUUUUAAUGUGUUGAUGCAUCUUUUCGCUAGAUAUCGUAAAUAUAGGCCCAUUUGGGAGCAAAUCUAAAAUGGCAGUUGUUAAUGCUCUAUGUUUUAAGUAUCAGGAUGAUACCAGAUCCUCCAUCAAAGGUGGAAAAAAUCUAGGCUGCAAAAAUAGGCAAGGUCUUUAAACCAUUUAUAGAGUCUCAUUCCAUCAGUGUUUGGCUUCGGUUGAUUAUGGAAAAUGCGUUCAGUGUUGCAUUAUCAUAUAUGGGCCUAGCAUAAUUGCGUGUGAAUUCAAUUGUUUACUCCUAUAAGACCAUUUCGGGCGUGCUAGGCCUACUUCAUGGUCAGGUUGAACGUUACUCCUCUCGCCAUGUGGAGACUUUUGUCAGUUCAAAUUAGAUGCGCAGGGGAUAAAUCUUGAGAGAUGCUCUUUCCGCAUCAACAUGAUAAUUAGCUCUUAUAUUAGUAAUCUCAAGAGUUCGUUUAACUCCUAUCGUCUCUAUUAGCCUCCCCUGGGCUAUUAAUGUCACAAGUGAUCUAACCAAAAGCGCUAGUCCCUUUGUCUCCGGUUACUGCACACAAAACGGUAACCCAUGCAAAGUGAAAUCACACGCGCGACUGUAUUUUUGGGGAGACCAUGGAUAUUUGAAAAAAGGCUUCUCUUCGCGUGCUGUGUGUGUGUUUAAGUAUUGCAACAUGUGUGCGCGUGCGUCUGCAAAAGCGUGCGAUGUUUCAGAGUUCAAAUUGCAUAGAUAGCCUGCCCUAAACAAAUAUUGGGCCUAUACGAGGCGUACAAUAUGGUAAAACAUUUUGCAAUGGUUAGGCCUUUGUGCGUAGGCCUAAUAACAAAAAUAAGAAAAACAAUAAAUAGGCCUAUAUUAUCAUUAUUAAUGUUUUAUUAUUCGUGUUAAUAUUAGUAUUAUUUGGCCUGUCAUCCCCUAUGCCAAUUGUUUUAAUUGUGUGUAGGCCUCUACACCCACACUGCGUUUGAUAUGAAUCUCAUGAUUAACGGUCUACAUUGAAUAAGAUUCACUGAACUUAGUCUCUUUUUUCCCUAGGUCCAGUUUCUUUAUCCAAGAACAACAACGUCUCCGCCAUUCCGAUAAAUAAGGACGGUCUUUUUGGCGGUGUGGUAAACCCCAACGAGGUGUUCUGCUCUGUUCCGGGUCGCCUGUCCUUGCUCAGCUCCACAUCAAAGUACAAGGUCACGGUGGCGGAAGUGCAGAGACGCCUUUCGCCGCCUGAGUGCCUCAACGCGUCACUGCUGGGCGGGGUGCUGAGAAGGUGAGCCGGACUUUAAUGUCUCUCCUCAUUCUUUAUCCCAGGUAUAAUUAAAAUCGACUAAGCGUGACACCUCCUGCAUUUAAAACAGCCCAAAAGGCAGACUGAUAAAUUCCAUAUUAACUUUACACUCGCAAUGUAGCCCACAAAUUAAUGUAGGCCUAUUGGCCUUACCCUCAACCCUGUAAGACUAGUUUAAGCAAAUCAUAUAUAGACCUAUACCAACAACAGUAAACUACUGCAGUGUUUAGUCUAUAGAUUCCAACCUAGACACAAAGCCAGUAUUUUGGGUAUACACUCUGCACUCAAAUCAAGUAGUUUCUGUGAUUUGAAAAUACAUAGCCUAUAUUGACACACACAUAGGCCUGUAGACACCGAUAGUGUUAUAGAAGUGUAUGGAAGGAAGACGAUGCUAUUAUGGCAUUGUUCUUUUUUAAAUCAAGAUAGCUACCUCUUUGAUUCAAUAAUAUGAUUAAUAACAUGCUUAUUCAUUCAGACCUUUUUGGAUCAGAUAGUGUGUCCAAUGAUGGUUGGGAAAAAAAUAAAACAUGCCAUUUUACAAAUUAGCCUAUUCAUACAACCUAUUUUUCUGUUCUUGUCACAGGGCCAAGUCUAAGAAUGGCGGAAGGUCCCUCAGAGAGAAAUUGGAUAAAAUCGGAUUAAAUCUACCUGCAGGUAGACGCAAAGCCGCAAACGUUACCCUGCUGACGUCACUAGUCGAAGGUAAGUUGCAUUGUAAAUUAUCUGAGUUCCGGUUCCCGUGAUAGCAGGUGCUUUGAACGGUUUCAGGGGAGACAUUCGAAAUCAGCAUAUGCGCUCAUCCAUGUAAUUUGGACUGACUUUGCCUUGCAAACCAGUCAUGCAUGAAGGAUAUAUGUGUGUUUUUGAGAGAGAGGAUGAUGGUAAUAAUUCUAAAAGGCUUUUCGCAACAUUGGCCUGUGUAUUUAGCCUACAUGUGUGCAAUCCUCUCGUGAAAGUGGUCCUAGAAUAGGCUAGUACAGUGUGAGGUGGGGUUCGGUUAGCCUGGCUGGCCUAGUUUGUGCCAGAUGAAUUAGGCUCGUUGUUGAAGCAGGGUUAUGGGCAUUUGCUUAUUUAUUGUCUUGCGGGAGUGUGGAACUGUUUCACCUCUGGCAGAGGUGAAUCGAUUGAUUUAUUAACCCUAUAGUGGCUUGUUAUCAUUAUCAUUAUUAUAAGGCCUAUAUUAGGCUAGUAGCAGUAGUAGUAGUAGUAGUAAUCAUAGUUAUAGUAAUAGUAGUAAUAGUAGGCCUACUAGCCAACAGCUACUGCUACUGCUAUUAGACUACUAUUAUUUACACAUGCAGGGACUCUUUCUGUUUCUCUGUGAUGGUAGUGGAUGUGACCUAUGGAAGAUCUAUAUGUUAUGAGACUAUUAAAUAAUACAUUGUCAAUUGUGGUAUACUAUGAAGAUGCCAUUGCUAUUGAAUAAAUCAAUUUUCCUUGCAAAGUUGAACCUUAUUAUUCAGUGCGGUGGUAUUUGGUGAGCUGUGGGUUUUAAAGGUGAAAGCCUGGGACGGUUCAUUGGUUCCUGUUAAUCAUUACAGCCGAAGAGCGAAUGCAAUAUUCACUGUACUUCAUUGAAAUUGGGUGCUGUAUGGUAAUGAGGUUGAAGAAAUGUCUGAUUCUUUGCGAUAAGGGGGGAGGUGUGGGGGGAUAUGAAGACACGCGGUUAUUUAGUGAAGAGACACUGCGUUUUUCUGAAGUGCUGUUAUUGUUUAUGAUCCGCUCCAUUUUAUGGAAACGAGUUUACUGGACUUGAGCUUUGAUGCUAAUUGGCGCAUGCGUUCUUCCGGAGUUGAGGCUUAUGGCAGGAAGCCCCGCAGUAAAAACCCAACUGUUUCAGGAAAUUAAAACCAAAGACUUGAAAAAAUCUACAAAAAAGGCAGACCUCAAUGGAAUGAACCUAUAAUUCUCAUGGCUAAAGUAUGUAGGAGCGAGAUUUGCAUAUAGCCUUUUAAAAUUGCUUUCGUUGUAUGAUCUGCUGUGCUUUCAAUAAUGUUUAGGGAUGGCUAAGCAAUGACAUGGUGAUAUGCAUGACGCUCUUUAUGACACUUUAUAUUGCUUCCCUGAUAUUUAACUCUUCUCACGGAAUGAGGGCCUGACUCUUAUUGAUAACAGGUAGCCUAGCGGUUAAGGGCGUUGAGCCAGUAACCGAAAGGUUGCUGGUUCGAAUUCCCGAGCCGAUGCAAGGCACUUAACCCUAAUGUCUCCUGCAAGUCUUUCUGGAUAAGAGCGUCUGAUAAAUGACAACAACAAAAAAUACUACAAUAAAAUAAUCCAUCAUGUGAUGGAAGGUACAGGCGCUAGCCUAUAGCCUACUGAUUUAGAAGUUGAUACAAAGUCAAGGCCUUCUCUUUGGCCGAGGACGUUCAUUGGAUGAAUCAUGUGUUAAGUGGAAGUGUUAAUUGGUCUAUAUUUGAUGUCCAAUUUAGAGCAAUAUAUUAUACACUCCAUCCAUUCUUUCCUUCUCAGGCGAAGCCGUGCAUCUUGCCAGAGAUUUUGGUUACGUAUGCGAGACUGAGUUUCCAGCCAAGGCAGUAGCUGAAUAUACAAACCGUCAGCAUUCCGACCCAAACGAACAAGUCCAGAGGAAAAACAUGUUAUUGGCAACGAAGUAAGUGCUAUAUUAUCACAUUUCAUAUGUCAAAACAUUGAUAAUUCUCGUGUUUACAUCGACAGUGUUUGCAAACACAAAUGGAUGGUCGUGGUCAAUUCUAUAAUUUCGUUUUUUAUCAUUUUUUGUAGGCAUUUUGAUAGGCCUAUAUUUUUCACAUGCAUUUCUAAAGUAUUUAUUUUAUGGACUCGUUAUUUGUGUUACAUUGUAGUAGUCUAUUUUGCCCCUAAUUAAAUGCAUCCUGAAUGGAUGUGACAUUAAAACGGACAAGAAAAUAAUUGGAUACAAAUUAAUCGACUAAUGUCAAAUUAUUUGUCCUUCUAAUGCGCCAGACAGGUCAUCACGUGAUGUUAUGCACGCGACAAAAUGCCAAAAUAAACAAAACACUUCUUGAAUUAGACACUUUCAACAAAAUUAGGCCUACUGAAUUUGAGAUCCAUGCUCUGUAUUCGAUUCAUGCCAAACAUUUUAGCAUUAAAACACGUGCACGAAUAGCCUAUAUGAAUGAACCUAUCCAAUAUGGAGUUGACUGUUAUUGGUCAAUUGAGCAGGCCUCAGAUUCAUCCAUAUGCAACCAUUUUGUUUGCUGUGAUUGGGAUUGCAUUGACACAUAGCUGGUUCUACUCCAACAUCAACCUUUCCCCACUGCAUUAAAACAUUUAGACAUAGUAUGACACUAUACUUUUACGUCCCUUUGAGCAAAUAUGCCAUAGGCCACAUUAUAAUGUUGUGGCACCAACUAUAUCAAAUUAAUAGGAUUUUUGACCACGUCUCGUAUAGGCCUAUAAGUCAUAUUAGGGGCAGACUGGCAUUAUGAUUGUAAUUAACAUUUAUAUUGUCUCCCCAUUUUAGGCAAAUCUGCAAAGAGUUCACAGACCUGCUUUCCCAGGACCGUACGCCCUUGGGGAAUUCUCGACCACAACCUAUUCUUGAGCCAGGGAUUCAGAGUUGCUUGACCCAUUUCAGUCUAAUUUCUCACGGAUUCGGGACCCCAGCAAUGUGCGCGGCCCUCACUGCUCUCCAGAACUAUCUGACCGAGGCGAUUAAAGCCAUGGACAAAAUGUACCUGAACAACAACAGUCACUCAGACAGCGGCACUAAAGGCGGAGACAAAGACGAGAAGCACAGAAAGUGAUUCCCACCUGAAAGCCCAAUAUAAAUAUUAUAAAUACAUAUAAAUACUAUUGAUCAAGUAAACGUGCCACUUCCUGAUCUCGCGAUGAUUUUACAUGUUUGUUUUUACUACCAUUCAACUUUGGAUUCACGGGAAGUGAUGCGCAAGAUCCCCACAAUAAUUAAAACAGAAAAAAAAAAUGCUGAAAGGCGCAAAGGAACACCUCCAGAGAGGGAAAGAUCUCUGCCACAUUAUGACUUUUUAUGUACUCCCUCUUUUUAUGAGCUGCAACGGACUGAAAUCGAGCGACCCUUCUAUCUCUCAAUUUACGAUUGUAGCCAUGUGACAAAAAGAAGCUAAAAGAGGAUGAAUUAUUAUCAGUAUUGUGAAUAAUAAACUUGAAAAAAAUCCACAGAGUUCCAUGUCAUGACUUCAGUUGUAGACUCUCACUCCAAGCGACCAACUUGAACUUUGAAUUUCAACACGAUUCACGGUUAUAUAAGGGAAUCUGUGUUCAUGUAUGUAUAUAUUUAUUUAUGUGUAAUUUAAUGGGAAUUGUAAAUAUGGUGCGUCUGUUGAAACUUCUUUUUUAUUUAUCUGGUGCCUCCUGUUUUAGUGGGUUUAAAUAUUCGGUUAGUUCUUCAUGUGGUUUUAUGGUUCUUAGAAAACAGAAGUUUGGGGUAUUUUUUCUCUGGGAUAUUUCAAUUCAGCCCUCUUGUAGCAUGUUGAGGCGACAUUGAAGCAAGUAAACAAAUUUAAUAGAAAUAAACCUCCAUUUCUCUCUAGCUCUAUCAUCCUUAUUCCAUUCAGUUUUUUAAAUUGAAUAGAGCAUAAUGGAGACCCUGAAGAGAACUGUUUUGUGUUUCUACUUUCUUGUUUUUAUACAAGCUUUUAUGUGUUGUGCCAAUCAGAAUACGUUUCACUUGUUCUUCCCUUGAAGCACCAUAAAAGCAAUAAAUGGAUAUUGUCUUUUGAUUUUUUUUUGUAUGUUCGAAGAAAUUCUAAACAUUUGGGACCACCUGAUAUCUUGUAUGUCCAAUGUCCAAAUUGGAGGCGGUUUUAGCUGUAUUGUAUAGACUUGUGCUGGCAAUAGUUCCCAUGCCUGUCAAUGUAUUAUAGUCCUUUGUUGGCCAGAAAAAAAUAAACAUUUGAUACGCUUCAUGUCGAUUUUUAUUCAUAUAUUUUCAUUUUUUAUUCAGUGGUUGAUACGCCCGGUUGUAUUUUCGUUCUUGGCAGUUUUUUUCUAUUCAGCACGGUUACAGUAAUUGAGUUUAACUCUCCCCUGACGAGUGUUCCUUGCAAUAAGCAGCUGAACCCAUUGUUUCCCUCAAGUAUAAUAAAACAACUUAUACUUUCAACUCAUAGUUCAGAGCACAGGAUCAUUCAAAACCGGAGCCGAGCUUUUGACCAUGCCAAAUGACACAGAAAACAAUGAAUACAUUGGUGUUUGAAGUGUGUGUGUGUGAAGCGCCAGCCCUCAAGCAAAACCAUUCUUUAAAAUUAGUGAGAUGUAUAUGGCUUGUGUUGAAGGUUAUUACAUUUGCCUUUCCAUACCACUCUAUUGUUUUUUUAUUUAGUUUUUGUUAAAGCUUUUAAGACAUGCAUCAAAUAUUUGUUAUUACUAGCCUGUCUGUAAUUAUUGGUGUUGUUUGACAGCAUUCAGUUGGAAUAAAAUGUGGG